UUUUUUUUUAAUUUCAGCUUAUGCUUACCAGAAAAUUUUGAUCUUCGUUCUCAGCUAGCUACUGGCUCAUAUUUAAAAGAAUUUCGAAAUACUGUCUCAGAACUAAAAGAAAGAUACUUACCAUUUCACAAUGGAGAAAAGCCAUGGAUGGGAAAAUCAGAUUCUUUUAAUUUAGUACUACCGCCAUGGCUCUGUCAACCGUAUGUUAGGAUUCCUCCAGAAGAGCACCUUAAAAAGAUGGAAGAAAAACAAAAUAGAAAUGCAGAUAUUAAUCAAUACGGAGAAGACCCUGUGCAAGGAGAUGCAGAGAAAGAAGCAAGUUGCAUUAAUUUUAUUUUUACUAUUCAAAUAUAUUGGUAUUUCUAA